AAAGAUUAAUAGAAAUCGCGGUGUAAUACUAGUAGUGAGUAGCAGUGCACGGGGGUGGGCAACGUCGCCGGCUUCCCAGUCCCCAUUACUGCAACCGGUACAGCCUAUAAGGAGAUCCAGGACCAGUCUUCAUCAUGGGAGAAUCAAAGGAACCACCUGAGAAUGUUGGGUUUGACUUGCGCAUGUUCCAGAGGCUGUUUAAGUUAGUGAGGCUUAUCUUCCCUGGCUGGUGCUCCCUCCCAACCACCCUCUUCUUCCUCCUCUUCUUCCUCUGUGGUUUAGAACAGUUCCUGGCCUACUAUGUGGGUCUGGUGCCCAGUGGCUACUAUGCUGUGUUUGAAUCCAGGGACAGGGUGGCCUUCAUUUACUUCACCUUGAGAUCACUUGGCCUCUUUGUAGCCAUUUCUGUGGUGAUUACUGUGAAGAAGUAUGUAGACAGUGUCCUGUACAUCACAUGGCGACAACUGAUGUGCCGUGCCCUACACAGACUCUACUUCUCAGGCAUCAAUUACUAUUCCAUCAACAUUCUGCGUGGGACCAUUGACAACCCUGAUCAGCGUAUGGCCCAGGAUGUGGACAAGCUGUGCUUUACUCUUGCCUCUAUCACCAUCAAAGUCAUCAUUGCUCCCUUCCAGAUUGGUUACUACACCUACAAAACAUAUGAUAGGACUGGCUGGAUGGGGACCCUGGCGGUGUACAGCUUCUUCCUGGUGGCCACAGUUGCAAACAAGCUUGUCAUGUCACCCAUUGUCAAGUAUGUCAUGGAACAGGAGAAACGUGAGGGUGACUUUCGCUUCAAGCACAUGCAAGUGCGGGUGGAUGCUGAGUCCAUCGCUUUCCAGGCAUCUAGUGCUGUGGAAUCCUUCAAGACCAACAACUCUCUGGAUAGGCUGAUAUUAGCACAGCAGAACUUGUUUGACAGGCAGAUAUUGUUGAACCUGAUAGGCAAGUUUUUUGAUUACCUGGGCUCCAUAGUGUCCUACCUGGCAAUUGCUGUGCCUAUUUUGGGUGGGAAGUUUGGUGCAGAUGAGGACAUUUCCCCCAUCGUUAGUGCGUAUUCAUUUGUGUGCAUGUACCUGGUGUUCAGUCUCACUUCCCUGAUGGACCUCAGUAACCAGGUGGUGCUUCUGUCUGGAGUGACCCACCGUGUUGCCCAGCUGGCAGAACACUUGAUGCAGCUGCAGUGUGACUGGGACACCUCUAGCAUACAGGCAUGUUCCUCCUUCACUAACAUCAUCCACAACAUGCGCCGCCAUCCAGGCUGCAACUCCUCCAGUGAGGCAAGCAAGCAUCUGUUGGAGUCACCUUCUGAGAAUGAAAGUGAAGUCACCACCAUUGAUGGGGAUCAGACAUCGCUGAGUGUUGCCUUCAUCCUGCGUGAUGUUGAUAUCUGUCCUCCAGGGUCCAGUCAGCUUCUUGUGACUAACCUGCACCUGGAUGUUGUGAGGGGAGAGAAUCUACUCAUCAUGGGCCCCAGCUCCUCAGGCAAGUCCAGUGUGCUGCGUGUGUUGCGGGGUCUGUGGCCAGCCACUCGGGGAACAGUGGCCCAUGAUUUCCCUCCUGGACCCAAGACUGUUCUCUUCCUGCCACAGAAGCCUCUCCUCACCAAUGGCUCUUUGAUAGAGCAGGUGAUUUACCCACUGAGGCUGGAUCCACAUCACCCCUUGACAAGGGAAGCCUGUGAUGAGAUUACAGAGCUGUUAAACACGCUCCAUCUGCAGGGACUCCUCAGUCGUACAGGAGACCUUUACACUGACCCUAACUGGAACUGGAAUGAUGCGCUGUCACCCGGGGAAAUGCAGCGAGUGUCUUUUCUUCGGCUGCUGUACCACUGCCCACAGUUUGCUCUUCUAGAUGAGGCUACCAGUGCUUUGAGCUUGGAUGUUGAGGAACAGGUGUACAAUGCCUGCUUGGCACGUAACAUCACUCUGGUCAGUGUGGGCCACAGGCACUCACUUUUCAAGUACCACACCACCCUGCUUACCCUGGAUGGAGCAGGAGGGUGGAGUAAGGAACCAAUCACAAAUCCUGCUGCUGAUGAAUCUGCUCAGUGAUUUAUUUCUUAGCCUUUUCUUUUAAUAAUCAAGAUGCAUCUCAAGGACAGAUUAAUUACACACCGGUGCUAUCACUACUCUUAGCCUUUGUAGAAUGUGCCUUGGUAGUACCACAAAAAUUAUUUUAGCUCCUCAUCUGUAUCCUUUUAGCUCAAAACAUAAGCUGUAUGGGCACUUAGUGUCAUAUGAAUAGACUAGUAUAUAAUAAAUAGAUGUGAUUUGAUACUUGUGUGUGUGUGUGUGUGUGUGUGUGUGUGUGUGUGUGACUGACAAUGAGAGUGUGUAUUUGGGUGGGUGGCUUCUUGGUAACUCUACUAGUGGGGCAUGUCACUGUGGUGUACGGAUGUAUUGAUUGGUUGGUGACAUGUAUUCUAGACUUGCCUAAAUGUAUUUUUAUUAAUUAUUUAUUUAUUUUCUUUCACAAAGUUGAACCUUUAAACAAGUAAUAUCCUUGGAAUGAACAGGUUGAUAUGUAGAACUUUAGGUUGAAUUUGUUUGGUGCUGGCUGCUUGUCAAUUUUUUUUCUUUAUUGUUUCAUUUAAUAAACUUCUGGGAAGAAAUAUCCUGGACUUAAGCACAAUGCAUAUAUUAUCAGGAAACAAAAAAAAAAAAAAAAAAAAAAAAAAAAUGUAAUUUUAUGAAUCUUAGUUUGAUAGUGUGAAGAUGAAUAAGCCAGUAUUGAGUGACAAGAAGUACUUACUUGAAGUAGAACCCAUUGGUCACAACUUUAGAUUUAUUACAAUCUGUAUUACUAUUGAAAUUAAAGCUACUGUGAUGUAAUAUUUGUACAGAAACCUGCAAACUAAUUUGCAUUUAAAACUUUAUUUAUUUUAUUUUAUUUUAUUAUUUUUUUUGAGAGAUUGUUUACAAAGAUCCAGUACCAUAUGAUUGUAGUGCAGGUGUCUUGUCCUGACUAGCCUCUCUGAGGGGGAUCUCUUCUCAUUUAUUGAUAGAUAAUGAGACAAAUAUAAUUUUCAGAAGCAAUUUUUUUUCUCAUCUAUUAUGAAGGACAUGUUCAUACUUUUGUAGAUUUUUAUGUAUGUUUAAACGCAAACCAGAAUGUUUGGCAGGUAUAUAUAUAUAUAUAUAUAUAUAUAUAUAUAUAUAUAUAUAUAUAUAUAUAUAUAUAUAUAUAUAUAUAUAUAUAUAUGAACACAUAUUGAAUGUCAUUCUGUUUUUAGUUACUUUACUCAUGCAAUAAUAGUCUACCAUGAAGAUUAACUAUAUUUUCAUAUUUACAAGUAACUUUUAAAUGCCAGUGAUACUGAGGAUUUCAUGCAAUUUUUAAUGCUUAAGUUGCAAACAUCAGUAAUACUGGAUGAUGCAUUAUAAGGCCUUUUAUUCUUGUUUUGUUUUAUUUCUUUAUCUUACUGAAUACAUUUAUUUAUCAGCACUGGAAGUGACUGUACAGAGCCUGUGCAGGGAGCUACUUUUUCAUGGACCAAGGACAGAGCUUUAUGAAAAUACACAAAUAGAUAUUACAGACUGUGUUAGCUCUUCUAUAAGUCAUUCCACAAGCCAUUGUAUAUAUUUUCAGUCACUUUCUCAUUUGUGCUGAAGUUCAUAUCUCAUGCUGUAUAGACACUAUUUUAUGUGUAUGUAACUGAACCAUAUGUAAAUAGGGAAUCUUUCUAAGCAAAGUAUAUUUUACUAUAUAUUUUUUACAUUUCAAGCAAGAUAAUUUUUAGACCAAGCUUUUGUUUAUCUAUUUGUUUAUUUUUUGUGACACACAACAAGUAAUUCAUGUCCACUUGUAUUAAUUCUGUUGUGAUUGUACAAGGAGCUUUAUUAAUGUGUUUGUUGUGUUAAAUCUGGCAUUACAAAUUUUAUGUAAUUUCAAAGAAGGAACAAAUAUGAAAUGACAGUUUGGAUAUUGAUGGACUGAAUUAUGAAGGAACAGUUUUGCAUUCAAUUUCUGAGCUCUGGAUUGGCAAGGAGGGCUUCAUUCUCUCUCUCUCUCUCUCUCUCUCUCUCUCUCUCUCUCUCUCUCUCUCUCUCUCUGCAGAGAAAAUGCCAGCAGUGUUUCCUCAAAGUAAAAAUUUGUCAUUUGAUCAAAUUCAGUUUCUAGGAGCUUUGUUUUAAAAUUAUUUUUAUUAUUAUUUAUUUUUCAUUCAGUAUUGUUUCUCAAGCAUUUGAAGUAGUUGUGUCUCUCCUACAUAUUUUUAAGUCUGUACUUGUUUGUUUGUUCAUCAUGGAGAUGUAGCUCAAUAUAUUUAGCAAUCUUAAAAUCAUCUUUUUCUUUUUUUGAGAAAUUGUUAGUUGCAAUUCCCACACAGUGUUCAUGCUUUAUGUUACAAAAUCUCUUGAGGACAAAGAAAAAUCUACCUCUUCCACAAUUCUGUUGAACUGAAUGAGGAUACAAUUAUACAUAGGGAUGAGAUUACUUGCAGGUUCAUUAAUGUAAUUUCAGGACAGAAGUUAUUGAAAGGAUUGAUAAAGUAGAGGAAUGAGUGAAAGAUGUGAAUAAGAAAUUAAUAUUUUUAGAAUGAGGAAUUGUGUGUAUGUAUGCACAUUAACCUACUUGUAAAGUGGAUUUGAGCUCAGCUAACUUUGUGCUGUCUUCUUCAGAUCACCUUUGAGUAGGUGAUGCCCACAUGUGUAUUGGACAGGGUGCUUGUCUCACACAACUUAAGAGGUCUUGGGUUCAAAUUCCUUACUCAGUGAAGAGAAUUUGGGCUCUCCUCAUGCAGCAGAAAAUGUAUAAAGAAUGUAAGCUGUGAACUUAAGUGACUGUCCAUCAUGGUGAGAUAGAUGUGUGGUGUAAUCUGCUUGACUGCUGGGGGAUUCAUCUGUUCUGCAGAUGAAUCCUAUAGUCUGAUAAUGAGUUUUGAAUAAAUUAUUUUCUCA